AAUGUAACUUUAACGAGCCAACUAACAAAUACCUCUACACAAAUGCCAUGCAUUGCCAUAGUCAAUGAAAAAAUCUGUCCAACAUCUGUGUUAGCCCAUGGCAAGGCAUAUUGUUCGUUCACAUCGCAGUCAUUUCGUAGCAGUGAGACCGUGAACGGGUGUGUUUUCAAGAGAUAAAAUAAUACGCUGCGUGACAAGAAAAAAACAAGAAGAAUUUUUUACACUAGAUCUGGUGUGAAACAGCAAAGAAAAGUGUAGAAUAAGAAAAUUCAGUGCAAAAAUUUACAUUGAAAAUAGAGACAAACGAAAAAAAAACAAAACUAAAGAAGUGAAAGUUUGAAUAUUAUCACUGACGUCGAACAGAGAAACAAGAACAACAAUCAAACAGCAACAAUUGCAGCAACAACUCUACGAUUAUCAUCAUCAGGUGCAUUUCUUGUUUUCGUUACCCCUCUCCUGUUUUGCUGUCUGUCUCCUAGAGAACCUAUCAGUUUGUCUUAUCAAAUGAUUUUAAUGGACACUUUACUCAACUCCACCCGUUCCAAACAACAACAAUAACAACAAAACCAACAGCAGCAGCAACUCUGUUUUAUGACAACAACGAGAUGUGGAGUUUUCUUCGAUCUGGGAAACAAUUUCAACAAGCUACGAUACGAAAGCAAACAUUUACUGACCAACAACAUCAGCAACUGCAGGGGCAACAACAACAUCAAGUACAACACUUGCAUUUUAAAAAUCCACAAACAUCAAGAAAUCUGGAUCGAGUGAAAUAAAAACAAAAGCAAAAAAGCAAAGAACCUGACAAGCCGUUUCUUUGGAAAAGCCAAGCGAAGAACAUUUGAAACGAAUCGAACGAUUUUGAAACUGCAUCACAUUUGAAGAGAUUUCCUCCCACGCAUAUACACCCAGUCCCCACACUCCUUGCUCCUCUUCAGACAGCAACACCAGUUAAGCAGCAUCAUCUCAAGAAGUCGUCGCAGAGACACAGAGAGACGCCUUCCCCUCCAACCACUGCUGCAAACAAACACUUGAGAACUACACAACGCGACAGAGUAGUGCAAGACACCUGGGAGGGACAAGUGCAAGAACAACAAACAAAGCUCGUGCGUGGAGCUUCAACCCAACCCCCCGCCCCUCUCCAGCAACUCAUGUAGUUGAGUUAGUAGUAGAAGAGCACACAGCCCUCUUUACACAUCCAAUUCUAUUUCCUGCUAUGAGAACGAAGACCACGAAAAGCUGCGAUUUAACGACUUCAUAGAGAGAAUCAACAACAAAAACUAUCACAUUGUUGGCUAGCUAAGCUUAGCUGCGCUCCAAAUUUUUAUUAAUUUCUAACUCCCUUGGCAUUUAAAUGUAACCGCAACAUUCCGGAAUUAGAAUUAUUUUUAGUUCUGUUUUUUUUUUUCAUUCAAAAACAAAAUUUCCAAAUAUUUUUCUAACCUCAAAAAAAAGUGAAUUUUUGAAACCCCAAAGAAAUUGUGUUCACGAAAAAUCCGAAAUCUAAGCCUUAAGCUUUUUUGUUUUAUAAGCACGAUUUCCGCAACGUAGCACCUACCAAUCCUUAGAUUUCCAGCACCAGUAUCUACACUGACAACGUCUCCAGCUAUAUCUACAUCCCCAUUGUUGUUGUCGUCAUCGUUGUUGUUGUCCUUUAUUUGUUCCUUCGAUUUGCCAACAACAAAUCAUACAAAUUGUUGUACAAAAUGUCUCUGGUCGAGAGGUCGAAAGUGGGUGGCGGCGGCGGUGGUGCUGCAGACAUGGGCAGCAUUGGUGGUGGUGGCGGCGGUGGCGGCCGUAACACAGAUGAAUGCUACAUGGUCGGCUCCAAUAUGAAACACUCGUUGAGCACACCAUCUGGUGUUGAUGGCACACCCUCCACACCCCGUCAUCGGGGGGGCAAGAAGUUGACGGUGCGAAUACAAAUGUUGGACGAUACGGUGACAAUAUUUCAAGUGCAGGCCAAGGCACUGGGCCGUGUCCUGUUCGAACAAGUGUGCCGCCAAUUAAAUCUCUUGGAAUCCGACUAUUUCGGCCUGGAGUAUCAGGAAAAGGCCACACAAACCAAAUAUUGGCUGGAUCUGGAAAAAUCCCUAAAUCGCCAGGUCGGCCUUUCGCUUGUAGAUCCUAUGCUAAGAUUUUGUGUGAAAUUUUACACACCAGAUCCAUCACAGCUGGAGGAGGAGUAUACAAGAUACCUAUUCUGCCUCCAAAUAAAACGUGACCUGGCCACGGGUAGCCUCCAGUGCAAUGAAAAUACCGCCGCCCUCAUGGCCAGUUACAUCGUUCAAGCAUCCUGUGGCGAUUAUGUGGCCGAAGACUAUCCCGAUCACACAUAUUUGUCGUCGUAUCGAUUUGUGCCAAAUCAGGAUGAGGCGAUACAGAUAAAAAUCAUGGAGAAUCAUAAAAAGCAUGUUGGCCAAUCUCCCGCAGAGGCCGAUUUAAAUCUCUUAGAAACAGCCAGACGUUGUGAAUUAUACGGCAUGAAAAUGCAUCCGGCCAAGGAUCAUGACGACAUGCCACUCAAUCUAUCUGUAGCUCACAUGGGUAUAGCAGUCUUCCAGAAUCUAACACGCAUCAAUACAUUCUCAUGGGCUAAGAUACGAAAGAUAUCCUUUAAGCGAAAACGAUUCCUAGUUAAAUUACAUCCCGAAGGUUAUGGUUACUAUAAUAACACCGUGGAAUUCCUCUUCCCCGGUCGUAAUCAGUGCAAAAACUUUUGGAAAAAAUGCGUCGAAAAUCAUGGUUUCUUCCGUUGCACAGUGGUACAAAGUACGCCCCGCCGCAAGGCCCGUGUCAUGUCACGCGGCAGUUCAUUUCGUUAUAGCGGUCGUACACAAAAGCAAAUUAUUGAUUUUGUUCGUGAGAAUUAUGUAAAAAGACAAAAUUUCCAAAGGUCACAAUCAUUCCGGCAAGGGCCAUUGAAUGCAAGUAGCCGAAGUCAGUCGCAUACCUAUGUGAAUUCCAGCAUUUCAGCCAAUCCCUUACUCCCAAUUGAUACCGCAGCCUGGGAUUAUCGCAAUCAAUGCACCGACUCGAUGACGCCUUCUCUGACGAAGAGGGCAGCGGAUACCUUGGAUCGCCGACAAGACAAUCCUACCGACCGCAAGCAUUCUCAAGUCACAGCAGCCCAGGUGGAGAUCUAUCAGACGAAGAACUAUGCCUCGGAAUCGCCAACCUCGGCGGAACAAUUACACCACUCGGCAACGGGUGUGCCGGCGGACCAUCAAAUGAAUGUGAAUCGCUCUGCUUCACCACCGGGUCCGCAAUCAUGGACUUCACCCCAACACAGCAACAACACCACUCAGCAUCUAACACACCAACCGCAGCGCGGCCACGAUCAGGCUCGUGUGCAUCAAAGCGAUCACAAUUUAGGUCUGAGCCACUUGUCCCACUUGUACAGCAGCAACACCCCUCGUCGAGUCUCAGUGGCAUCCCAGGCGUUUGUCCCUGUGUCGCCGCCGUUGCAACACAGCAACAACAACAAUGUCAACACCAUCACCACCAACAACAGCAGCAACAACAUCAACAACAACACCAACAAUUACCUACGCUCUAUCACCACCAAUACGGUGGGUCUCUCAGUGGAUCUCAGCAGCUCUAUGGAAUUGGAUCAGGAGGAGGAGGAGGAGGAAUUGGAGUUGGAGGACCAGGAGCCGGACCUGCACAUGGUGGACCAGCAGCAUCAGGUGGAAUUGCUGGAAUCGGAUUUGCCCGAGGAGGAAGUGGAUUCGGACUUGACUCAAUCUACCAUCAAUCGGGAGAGUAUGCAUACGGCAGUAUCGGCAGUGGGCCCGGCCUCAUCGGCGGUGGUGGCAACAAUAAUUGCCCCUCCUCCGCCGCAUCGGUUACCGGAGUCCCCAUCUCACAUGGAGCCGGGGGCGGCGGCGGCGGUGGCAACACAUUAUAGCAGUACCAGCUAUUCGAUGUCUAAACAGUGCAUGUUAAAUAAUAACGCAACCUCGACAGAGACCGAAACAGACAACAUUAUCUACUCGGACAUACACGACUUGCAUCCCUACAAAUAUCCGGACUUUGCAAAGACCUCAUCUUCGUCCAGCAUUAAGCUGGAAAACAAACUGACCAACAGUGAGACGGUCAAUUUGAAUGAUCGCAAUGAUAUCUAUGCCACGGUCAAUCGCAAGACCAAGGCCAAGUCAAGGGAGAAACAUUUCUCCGAUGAGUUCAUUGAUGAGAGUAUCUUGGCCUAUACCCGCUCCAAGCAGUUGGGUAUGGCUGCGGAUAUACGUAUGCCGGUUAGUUGUAAUACCUUGACAGAUCAUGACCUCAACGAGAGGGGGGAUACGUUUUCGAGCUCAUUGCUGCAGUAUCAAUAUCACAAUGACUUAAAUCAUCCUUCGGACUCGUCCUCUUCGUAUUUCGGUACAGGCUUCAAUACCAAGCGUUAUGUGAACGCACUGAAUACGGAGAGGGUGAAAUUGGCCUUUUCGGAAAAUUACCUAAAUCCCUCGAUGGAUUCACAGAGUUCGACAUCGGUGAAUAAUAUGCCUAGACAUACACAUUCCUUGCCUAGAAAUUCCGAGUUAUCGGGAGUAGAUUCUGUAGAUAGUUAUGAUAGUCAUUAUUUGACCCAUCAUUCGGUGGGUCAUUUGAAUGCAAAGGGUGGCGUGGUGAAUAUACCGCCCGCCACAUCAUCUCAUUUAGCUUAUAGAUCGGCCAUGUAUCAUCAUCAUGCGGUGGAGCAGCAGCAUAAGAUGCAGCAUCAGGUGGAUGAUCGUAGUUCGUCGGGUUCGCCAUUGGAUCGUUUUAAGACAUCGUCGGAGAAAUUGGAAUAUCAAAUGUCCUCCUCGAAUUUGUAUUCCACGGCUUCGUAUAACAAAACCCCGCCGGUGGGUUAUUCCAGUGAGAGUCGCGAUGAGGAGGAGGAUGAGGAUGACGAUGAUGACGACGACGAUGAUGAGGAGGAUGACGAUGAGGAAGAACGGCGGGCCAGAAUGGAGAACAUAUACGACCAAGUGGAAAAGGAGUCCUGGUUGAAAAGUUCUUCUUGCAAAGAUCUUUACGAUUUCUCCCACUACGAUCGGGAACAAUCGAAACCGAUGACCGCCUUUGACAAGGAAUUCUUUUCAUUUAAUCGUAUUGAUUCUCCGGUCACGCGCUAUGACGAUUCACGGCACUCCUUGUACUUCACCAAGAACCAUAGCAUAGAUGCCACCCAAGAUUUUUCACCCCUGUCCCACACCAAGGUCUACUCCUCUAGUUAUCCCGGCAGCACCUACAACUCCCAGCUAAAUCAUAGUCAUCAUCGCGGCCACCAUGGCCACCAUCGUGGUGGCUAUGGCCAUCACGUUGACUACUGUGGGUCUCAAGAUGAUAUUUCCCAGGACAGUUAUGAGCUAUUGGAAAAAUAUGAUAUUGAUUUCUUUAGUGGUCGUCGUCGUUCCGAAGAUCAUAUGCGUUCGUGUUCAUUGGAUUCGGGUAAUUAUAUACCCACCGAUGAUGAGUCGGUGUCGGAGCAUCACAAAUAUCGUUCGGCCAUGGAUGUGAAAUGUAAAUCGGCCGCAGAGCUGAUGAAUGAGAUAUGGGACAUGGAGGAUCCGAGGUAUUUGCCAAGGGAAAAAUUGUCGGUGAAAUCGGAUGGUAAUUUUUAUAAGAAAAUCAAGGGUGGUAAUUUGUCGAGGACUUCGAGUCAGGAGUCGCGGUCGGAUAUAUAUGAGACAAAGAUUUCAAGGAGUUCGGAUUCAAGUAAAAAGUCUCGGGACAGCCUAUAUCACACGGAUAGCAAGAAGUCCAGGGAGACUACCAAAUCGAAGAAUUCUGAGGUCUCCAGCCAGGAUUCCAAGGAGUCUUUGAUUGGCGACUAUUUGGGUAAGAACUAUGAAAUGCCCACCACCACCGGCAAGGGUUACAAACAUUUGAGUAAAAAAGAGAAAUUUGAGAAAUUCCUGCAAUCCAGCCAGGAAUCCAAAUCGGAUUACUAUGAUGCCGUGGAAACAGUGGAACCUCCCGAUGGUCUGAGUUCCCGGCCCAAGGUAAAGUCCCAUGAUUGCCUGCUCUCCGAUACCCAGGGUUCGUCGGUGAACAGCUCAUUCUAUGACAGUCGUGAUACCUAUUCCACCUUCCCCAGCAACAAAUCGGCCAAGACCUCCAAGGUCCAUUCGAUUAGCCUGCAAAAUGUUGAAAUUGAACGCAAUGCCAAAUCAUUUGGCAGUAAGUCCCCCGAUUCGGCCAAUACACCCAAACGCAAAGAGGAAAAGGAAAUACAAACCAAUGAUUCGAUAGAUCAAACGGCUCCCUUCAAAAAAUCCGAUUCCCAGUCGUGUAAAAUGUCCGCUUUUCGCCGCCGAUCGGAUAGUGAGAAUAUUUUCAGUUUCGAUCGGGAUCGCAUAGAGUGCAUACAAAACUAUGGCAAGCAGUGGGAAUCUCCCGGCAAGGAGGAGAAAACCAAACAAAGUCCCGAAUACCCCUUGACACCGGAAUUGGUGUCGGAAUUUGAAAAACAACAAUCCAGGGUGAUGAAUCAGAAAAUCACCCGCAAAGAGGAGCUAAUGGCCAAGACCCAUUUCGAGGAAUACAAUCCCAUUAUGGUGCCGCUGAACUAUGCCCAUGCCACGGUGGAGAGAACCAAAAGUGAUCCCAACUCCCUGGCCAAUAGGAAUCGUUUGGGCAGCAAUAGCCGCCGACAUGUCCUGAUGCAUCAGAAAUCCAUUGAUCUCACACCGGCCGAUUCCAGUGAUGAGGAUUAUAUUUACAAACAAAUACCCAGUGCCCCGCCUUUGUGUAAGGCCCAUGGCAAUUUUGAAAUACCCAAAUGUUACGAUUCUCCGCUAAAAUCGGCGGAAAUACCCAAAAUGGGCUUUGAAAUGCCCAAAUCAUUUUUCCGGGAAUAUGAACGGCGUUUCACCAAGGUCCUGAAAGAGGAUAUACCCUAUGUCCUGCAUAAACGCCACAUAAUGAAUGGCACUGCGCCCUCGCCGGUGGAAAAGAAAUACAGCAAACCCAAGUCUCCAAAAUCACCCAAGUCUCCGAAAUCCCCCAAGUCGCCCAAAUCACCAAAGUCUCCUAAAACCGAGGCGGGUAAGGGUUUGCUACAACCCGACACAGACUUUUUACCCGACAUUUUGGAUAGCCUGCUACCGGCAGAGACCAAGGAAUUUUUGUUUACCCAAAACAUAGAUCUGUCCAAGGUGGAUCCCAUUACUUUGGAGGUGGAUAAGACCAUACCGAUAAUACAACUUUCCUCACCCACCAAACGAGGAGAUAUUACCAAACAAAUUGAGCCCUCGCUGCUGGAGAAACUCAACAAAAAACUAAGUCAAAUUGAAAGCGAUUCGGCCACCAGUUCCAGGACAGAGUCUUUGCAACAACAAAAAAAUAAGUUGGAACAAAAACAAAUUGAAUUGAUACAAAGUCUAAGAGCGGAACUGGCAGCCAAUGCCAGGAAAACCUUGAAGGCCCGGGUUAUACCCAAAACGAAGGUUACGGGUAAACCGAAAAAAGCCAAGACUCGUAUAACCUCCUUUUCAUCGGAUGAUGAAAGUCUCGAUUCAGAUGAUGUCUUUGGUUCGGCUGAGGCCAUACCAGAUCGCCUGGAAUUCUCACCACCCCAGUCGAGAAAGGAAAUUGAACCAAUUUUAAGGAUUGAACAAAGUCGCCUCAUUUCAGCAGCCUGGGGUAGGGGCCAGACCAUGAGUUCCACCGAAAUUGAGGGCUCGCCACCUCAGUGUCGCCGGCUGGCAGAGCUGGAAAGUCGUUAUCAUACCCAAAAACUGGAUCCUCACUAUGCCAAUGCCAGUGAGUUGAGACGUAUCUCAGAACGUUCCAUAUCCAUACCCUCAUCCGAGGAUGAACCUCCACACAUGCCCUAUCGCUCACGCAUGGAUGAGUGUACCAAUGACUAUCAGAGGAAUGAGAAUAUACCAUCGCCCAUACUGGAGCACACCGAAUUCUUUAGGAGCAAUGAUGAUAUCUAUGAGACAUGUCAUGAGGAGAGGAUCACCGAAAUGGGCAUUGAUUACACCCUCAAAAAGAAGACCUCUUCGAUGGCCACGACGUCGACAACCCGGGUGGAUAAAACCAAAUCCGCCAAAGUCAAGCUACUCGAUGAGGUUAUUGAUUCUUCCAUGGUAAUGCGCUCCAAGGGUCAUGCUCCCAUACUUUUUGCCCAUGCCAGGUUAAAUCUUUCCGAGGGCUCUGCCGUGUCGCUGCAAAGGCAAAAAUCUGCCCUGGAAUCACCCACCACGGAAAGGAGAACCAAGAGCUUGGAUACCCCGGUCAUAUCACUGCAUCGUUUGCCGCACAUGAAUGCCUUCUCGUCCAAAGAUGACACGGUGGGCUUUGAAGAGGAGGCGGAGAUUUUGGAAGAAAAGUCUUUGGAACAGGCCAAAUCGGCCCAGGAUGAGGACACGGCGGACAGUGUACACUCCUGUGCCGGCUCCAUACCCACCCAGACGUCGUAUGCCUCGGUGGCCAAGGACUCACUGCUCAGUGCCGUGACCAUAGAUGAUGAGGAGCUACAGCUGCUCGAUCAGCUGAAAUACAUUGAAAAGAUUGCCCUGCAGGGUGUGAAAAUCAAGGAUAAAAAGAAAUCCAAAAUGAAGUUGAAGAGUGGAGAUCAUUUGAUUCUGAAUAUACCCAAGUAUAGGUUUACCGAUUGGUCGCCAUACAGCUCGGCCAAUAGUUCCAGGAAAACAUCGCCGGGUGUUUCGCGGGCCAGUAGUAUUGAGAGUACGGGCAAGGGGAAACUAAAACUUAGUAUGGGUGAGGUAAGUGGUGGUGGCAGGAAGGGAUCACGCUCCCGACCCGAGUCGAGAAGGACCAGUGCGGAUGACAUCAAAAAAGAGGGUGGCAAGGGUAAGAAAACCAGUCCCAAGGAAAGGCCAAGGAGUAUUGAAACUCGACGUCUGAGUAAGGAUAAAAGCAAGAGCCAGGAGGAGACCGAGGCCGAUGUGGCCAAACGCAAGGAACGGCAGCAGAAACUUUACGAAUCGGCCAUGAAGCAGACCAUUACCAUGUUGAGUCCCGUCAAGGACACUUUGCCGCCCUUCCCGGCCCCGGAGGAUAAGAUAUCGGUAAAGACGGAGGGAGAUAAAAUCAUAAUCGAAACUGAGUUCAAAAGCAAGGCCGAAGACCAUGUCCUGAUUGCCAAGUCGCCCCGGAAACUGGAUACAUCUCUGACCAAAUUCAGUCGCAGUUUUGAUGAGGGCCGCAGCCCAGAUAAACUGGACAAGGCCAGUCGCAGCUUUGAGGAUCGCAAUAAAUCCUUUGAGAAUUCGGAAAUGUCCGAUGUGCCCGAUGACAUGGUCAUCAAGUCGCCGAAGAAGAUUGCCAAGAGCCAGGAGCUGAAACAGAAAAUCGAAGGCCCGGUGGUGGUGAGCAAUAAGAUCGACAUCAAAUCCAGUAGCCUAGAAAAGCCUCCACACAUUACAGAACCUCAUUUGCUGGGUGCCGAGGUAAAGGCCCGCAGUUUGGAUGACAAAAAACCGGAAGUGGUGAAAAAGCAGGAGGAGAAACCUCCACUGCGCAGUGCCAUUGGCGACAGGCGUAUGUUUGCCCAUCAAUACAAUGUCCAGGAAGAUAUUGAUAUGCAGGCUGUCAUCUCGGAACGAAGAUCUUUGGAGAUAUUGAAGAGGUCUCUGCCCUCCGAGGAUACCAGGGACAGCGACUGUACCUAUAGUCGCAAGGCCUCAACGGCCGAUAGCUUGGAUUCCUUUGUCUCGGCCGAUGAUAGCCACUCGCCGGCCAGUAAAUCACCCAUACCCCAUCAGGAGGGUGGCUAUCCACAUCGAGUGCCCACCAUAGAAUGUGAGGAGGCAAGCAUUGAGGAGGAUGACAGCUCCAGGCAUUUGAAGGUAUCGCGCAUGGAUACAAAUCGCUUGAGUUUGGAUCGGAGUCGUAGUGAUGAAACCGGCUCUUGGAUGACAGUGGAAUGCGACGAAUUUGUGGGUUCCGAUACCUCAGAGAAUGAGCCAAGAACACUGGAACCAGAUCGUAAUGUCCUCGAGACCCAGGCCACUCUGGAUGAUGCUGUGCCCCUGGAAUACUCCAAUUGUGCCACACCCACAUCGGAUUUGAAUAUUUUGGUUACACCACCCAAUACCAGUCCCAUGGCCGAUAAAAAUAUCCUGGAAUCCUUUGAAAAACAACAAGCCGAACAGCAGCAACAGCAGCAGGUGGAGACGAAACGUAAACCCCUGCUGGAGAAACAAAGUGACAAAUCCAAGAGUUCCGAUUCCUGGACCAGUGGUGAAAAGGAUGUGAGCCCGGCCCGAGGAGAAAAAGGCGACUGGAGUCUGUCCGUGAGUGGUGGCAGGGAAAAAAGCUCUGUGGAGGAGGAAUCCAGUGUUAGCUGUUCCAUUGCCCGACCCUUGGGUAUUUCCCAAGAUUUUGGAGAUUUGGAUAACAAGAAAUGUCAGGAGUUAAAGGAGAAAAUGUUGAAACUGGAGGUGGAUGCCAAUGCAACGGCGGCGGAUGUGAAGUUCCACAGUCCCUCGUCUUCGAAAGAUGUCACGCCCACCAAUGAAACGGCACCCAUGGAACCCCUAAAACCGGUGGCUAAGAAACCCACCACCCCAACGCUGGAAAAACAAAGUCCCAUUGAUUUUGGCAAUAGCAUGGAAUCCUAUUUGGAGGCCAUAGAGGAGAAGGCCAACAAGGAAAGUAGUGGGGCAAAGGGAGAACAGGAGGUAGCUACUCCCGCGGGACCAUCUCCAAAAGAGAUUAAGGAAAAGAAGUUACCAAAAAUUGAAAAACCCGCCAGGAAAUUGGCAGUCAACAAGGCCGAGGGAGGAGGAGGGGCAGCGGGAGAAAAAGCCAAAUCUGGCAGCAGCUCCCAGGAAUCCAAAUCUAGCUUUGAUUCCAAAGGCUCGCUGAGUGUGGAAUCUCGUGGCUCUUUUGAAACCGAAAGCAGUUCCGGAUCCAUGGGGGCAGCCCAUCGCCGGGGCGAGUUGCUGAUGAAGGAACAACAAUCCACCUGGAAACCAUUUCCCAUUGAAAGCAGCAACAGCAGCAGUACCGAUGACCCCUGGCAUCAUGUGGAAACGGAUGGAGGUUAUGAGAGAUUCGAUACGAACACAAAUACCCAGAGGGACUCCUCGGACAGUGAACUAAAGGAGGUCUCACCGGAUGAGCAAAAGGAAAGUGAUACCAGUUUCCAGGAUGAACUCAACGAUUUCCCCACAACCUUCGGUUAUCCGGCCAUGACCAGUUCGCUGAAUGGCAUUGGGGUCAAUCCCACAGAUAUAAUUGGUUAUAGUUCAGGAUUUACCCUGGGAAGAACCCUGUCAAGGAUAUCCGAACGCAGCACAGCUUCGGAGAAAUCUAGCAUGGAUGAUGACAAGGCCUCCACACAUUCCAUGAGUAUCCAUGAAGAAUCCAUAGGUUCGGCAACUGAUCAUCAGGCCAGUCUUAGCUCGGAUUCGAGGAGCAAUACAAAUUUGAAUUACAUAUCCGAUACGGAUCGUCGAACCUCGGCAGAAAUGCCUGAUAUUCCCUGUGAUUCGGCAACGGGAGAUCGCAGCAAUAGCAGUUUCAAUGAACCGAAAUCGCCGACUAGAGUGACGGGAAGAUUUUCCGUUACCCAUGUGGAUGAGCAGGGAGGUGAGGGUGGCGAGGAUCGUCCUACCCUGAUGUGUCUCUCCAAUGCUGGGAGCCAGGAUUCCGAGGAUUGGCCUUUGCCGGAAAUACCCUAUGAUCAUGUGCCCGUAAAACCCAUAGAUUCUUUAUAUGAGAUACCAGAUUUGGAUAAACCUGUGCCUAAGUCCUUCUGCUGGAAGGCUGGAAUGUCAUUUCCCUCAGAGGAUUCACAAGAUUGGCCCACACCACCCUCCAGUGCAGGGGGUACCCCGGUGGUGGUGGAAGACAUUGAAACCUAUUUCACCUCUGAGGCCCAAAAGGCGGAUCAAGUUAUGGUGGAGUCGUUUACCACCACCGAACGCACGGACGAUGAGGGGGAGGAUAAGUUAUCCCUUGAAGAUUUUCCCAUCUCCCCACCAGAAAUGGCCAAGGUAAUACCCUAUGAGGAUACAGCCUAUCUAAUGUCGGCGGCCUUUGAGGACAAAGAUUUUGGGGCAGAUGAUUAUCAGCAUGAUGCAACGGCGACAUGUCUAAGUUCGACAUUGAAUGCCGCCACAUGUCUAUCGAACUCGUUUAAUGUUUCGUGUUCCUCCACCUCGCCCAAGGGUCCUAGGGCCACAUCGUUAAGGAAAGAUUCCAGUGCAGAAACGGUGAUUAUGUCUCAACCCACAAGAUCGCCGGCGCCCAGGUCUCCUCUCUCCGAGGAUGAGGUGUUCUCCAAUGAUGAUGUUUUUAUGCCGGGAACCAUAAAGGUCCAGUUAUCUCCCGAUGAGACCAAGACCCAGGAGUAUAUAAGGAAACUGUCGCGGGGUUCUAAUAACUCGGACACCUCCAUUGAUGAUAUACUCUCGCCAACCACGGGUACGGUGAGACAUAACUAUGAACAUCGUUUGAGUUCGGGUAGCUGUCGCAAGUGUAGCCACUCCAGCCAUUCGGAGGAGGAUACCAGUUCCAUUGGCACCGAUUUGGAUGGCACGGUACGCAUGGGUAUGCAAAAGAAAUGUACCCAUAGCUCUCACUCGGAAGAUACCUCCAUAGGGCUGAGCAUAUCCGAUUGGUCGACGGGCACCAAUACCGUUAGGCAAUAUGCCAAUUUAUCUGGAUCGGAUAGCCUGUCGGCUGUGUCCAACUUAUCCUGUGCCAAAUCGGAAAAAUCCAAUCAAACCCGCUCAAGUUUGAGUUCCAUAAAUAAGUCGGCAGAGAGUCUGUGUGACAAUGGCUCCUCGGAUGGUCUGCGCUAUGAUAUGCUCUCCAGUUCGGAGACAGAUAAAAUGUCCGACACCACAUCGGCCACCAAGAGUGAUGAUACCACGCUGACGCUAACGGAAAUGGCCCAAACCAUGUCGGAGUGGUCUACCUCGAGUAGUCGAACUCUGGUGGGAACCGCCCCCGGCGAGGUGGGUGAUCAAAUGAAUGGUCGCCGGGGUAGUUACAUCGACUAUCAGCCUCUGAAAUAUCACAAAACUGGAAGCAGGGAGAAAAAUCCGGAGGAGGAAGGAAAGAGGGGUUCCCUUCCUCAGAUACAUCGGCGCAGUAGCAGUAAUGGUCUACAGCGUAUGAGCAAUGAAGAUGUGGCCCAAAAACCCUCGGGAUCUGGAGGGAAAACCGGUGAGCCUGCCAGGCCAGGCAUGCCGGUGCGUAUUACCGGAAAAGAUGAUAUGGCAGAGACCACGGCGGCAAGGAAACGACGCUCCCUGGAAAUGAUGUCGAAACGCUAUCAAAGCCAGGAGUUGUGCUCCGAAAGUGAAUCCUUUGUGGAACGACUAUAUGCCCCCAGUGAGAAGUUAACCGAACGUUAUCAAAGUCAGGAGUUUGUGCCGCUACACACGGCCCAGCCCAGUGGCCAAGGGCCACCAGCCACAGCACCCAAACCCGUCAAGGGAAAGGCGCCACAACCUCCCGUUAGCAAACCCAAGGCCCCACAACCACCACCCAAACCCACAAAACCCAAAAUGUCAGUGACACAACCCCUAAUGCAGGCCCUGCUACGGCACAUGAAGGAACCCGGGGUGGCCGAGGCUGCCGCAGCCCAGGCAGCGGCCGAGGAAGAAGCUGCCGCCGCUACUGCAGAGAAACAAAAGCAAACGGAAGAACCCAAAAAAGUCAAACCUCCACCACCACCCAUACCACCCCUGCCGCCAAUUACCUCACCCACAGAUCUGCCAGAAACUGAAAUUGGACCACCGGGCGAAAAGCCCCUGGCCAAACAUCACAGCUACGACGAUAAAACUCUGUCCAAAUCCCAAAUCAGGGAAUACAAAACCAGCAAAGUAAGACAAUCGAAUUCGUUCCAUGAGCACAUGCUCUCUCAGUCGCAACAAUCAUCGAUGGAGUCCACGACGCCGGCCCGCAUUGAAGAGGAGGAGCAGGAGGCAGCAGCCACCUAUGCCGAAUCCUCUACCGUUACAACGAUCACAACCACUGUCACCAGUGGCAAUACAACGAGCAAUGAAACUUCCUCGCCCAUGCUGCCCGCCCGGGCGGAAAAACUCAUCAAAUGUUCCCCCUACUAUUCGAGCAGCCUAAGCUCCGAAUCACCACCCAAUCAGUUGAUACAAAAACCUCCACGCAAGGGUUCCAUAUCACGCACCGCACCCCUGGUCAAAUCACCGCCCAGUGGCAAUGACACCGACAGCUCGGUGGAUGUUCGCGCCCAAGAUCCCAAGCUAAGGACGCGUGGCUAUCGCAAGAAACGACAAAUCACCGCCAAACGUGUACGAUCUUCCGAAAGAAAUCUCGUUGAACAGGAAAGUUCCGAAUGUUCAGAGGGUUACAUGCCCGAAAUGGACUCUGGAGGUUCAGAUCCUUCCUAUCGACACAGCGAAUACUAUGAGUUCGACGAAGAGCUGGAGGAACGUGAACAGGAGACCGAUGAGUAUGAUGAUUAUCCGCAAUAUUCGGGAGUGGCCUUUUCAUCAACAUCAUCGGCCUUUGAGAGUUUGGACAUGGCCACGGAUAAUGUUGAUGAAAUGGGUUUUCCACGUUACGAUCGCUUGAGUCACAUAACCAAUCCCAUAUACCAGCAACAGUCCCAUCAAUUCCAGCAACAGCGCAUGGCUGCAGCUGCAGCUGCAGCCGCUGCCGCAUCCUCUAGCCAGAGUUGUGGCGGCGGCUUGGGCAGCAGCAGUAGUGGUAGUAGUAGACCAGCACCAGCCAAUCAUCCCAUGCCUCCACCGUCUGGGCAACCCAUUAAACCUGCUCGCACCAAAAAACGCCAACUAAAACGUGAAGACUCGGUAAUGGGUUCCCAGCAGUCCUCCAGCACGCCCUAUAGCUCGGGGGCCAGCCAGUAUCAUGGUCGCUCCUAUUGCAAUCCCGAAGAGAGUGAAUUUGAAACGAAGGGUGGUCUAUCUGAUGAUAUGGCCAAUAGUAGUGAGGACAGCAACAAUAGUUUCUAUCACUGCACCGGCACCAUCAAACGUUCCACGGCAGCUGCCAUGGCCGCUGCUGCUGCGGCAGCCGCCAUCAAAUCGGCAGCCAGCAGCAGUGGCAGCAGCACAGCCAGUAGAUCGGUUGACUGCGUUGGCAGCGCGGGUGGUGGUGGUGCCACGUCCAGUGGUGGUGGUGUACGUGAUCAAAGACGUAAAUCCAAAUCAAGUGAUCUCGAUUUGCCAUAUCCGGAUUUUCUAUCUGACUAUGAAACCGAACCCAUAGAAUAUGAACGUUUUGCCUGUGGUCUAGAUAUACGCGUAGAUCCACCACCGAAAUUCCAUGAUUCCGAUGAUUUGAGUGAUCAGUGAGGUUAAGGAAGGGAGGGGAACUUAACUGAAUUGUGAAAAAACGGAGGGUUGUUGAUUUUUUAGCUCCUUAUAGGGUUUUAGUUAUAAAAAGAGAAUAAAAUAUUAAAAAAAUGAGAGAAAAUAGCCAAAUGAAAGAGAGAGAAAAAAAGAAAAAUACAAAAAGAAAAAUAACUAAAGAGAGGGAAAGAAAGAGAGAGAGAGAAUGGAAAGAUAGAUAGUUACUCCAAAGCAAUGAUGGAUUAUCCAAAUUUCAAUGAAAGUCCGAUAGAAGAACCUGCAGGAAGUCUUCUACGUAAAGAAAACCUGCAGGAGGUCUUCUACAUAUAAAUGACAUACAUAGAGUAGAAGACCUUCUUCUACUUUUAGAAGACCUACAGAACGACUUCUACGUCUAAAAGACCCGCUGAAGCUCUUCUACGUCUAGACCUGCAGAAUCUCUUAUACGCAUAGAAAAUCUGCAGAAGAUAUUUUAGGUUUGGACGGCAUGCUAAAGUUCGUCCACGUCUAGAAGAUCUGCAGAAGGUCUUCUAAGUCUAAAAGACUUGUAGAAGACCUUCUAGACUUCAAAGACCUGUGAAACAUCUUCAAAAGGUCUCCUUGCCUAGAAUAUUCGCAGAAGGUCUUCUAAGACUAGAAGACUUGUGGAGGGUCUGCUUGGCAUCAAAAACCUGUGGAACGUCUUCUGAGUCUAAAAGAUCCGCAGAAGGUAUUCUACGUAUAGAAGAUCCGCUGAAGGUCUUUUAGGUCUAGAAGACCUGCUGAAAUUAUUCUACAUCUAGAAGACCGUCAGAAUGUUUUCUAAGUCUUGAAGUCUUGGAGAGGGUAUUCUAGGUCUAGAAGACCUGCAAAAGGUCUUCUACGUAUAGAAAAUCUGCGGAAGGUAUUUUAGGUUUGGAUGACCUGCUAAAGUUAUUCUACAUAUGGAAGACCUGCUGAAGUCCUUUUAUGUCUAGAAAACUUGUAGAAGAUCUCCUAGACCUCAAAUAACUGUGAAACGUCUUCAGAAGGUCUGCUAGUCUAGAAUAUUCUCAGAAAAAACUUGUGGGACGUCUUCUAGGCCGAGAAGAUCUGCAGAAGGUCUUUUAGGUAUUCUACGUAUAGAAGACCGGCAAAAUGUUUUCUAAGUCUAAAAGACUCGGAGAGGGUUAUCUAGGUCUAGAAAACCUAUAUAAAAUCUGCGGAAGGUAUUUCAGGUCUGGACGACCUGCUAAAGGUGAUCUACGUCUAGAAGACUUUUAAAAGGUCUUCUAGGCCUCAAAUACCUGUAGAACGUCUUCUAGGUCUAGAAGAUCCGCAGAAAGUCUUCUAGGUCUAGAAGAUUUGAAGAAGGUUUUCUAAGUCUAGAAUACCCGCAGAAGGUCUCCUUGUCUGAAAAACCUUCAAAAGGUCAUUUAGAUGUACAGGACAUGCAAAAGGUCUUCUAUGUCUGAAAGAACUUCAGAAGGUCUCAUAGAUCUGAAAUAGCUGCAGAAGGUCUUCCAUGUCUAGUAGACCUACAAAAGGUUUUUCAGAGCUUCUACGUUUAGAAGGUCUUCUAUCUACAGUAGUCCUGUAAGAGGUCUUCCAUUCAUAAAAGUUCUUCUUAAGACGGAUGACCUUCACGUCUUCCAUGUAUGGAAUCUUCUAUCUUUUUUAACUAAGGAGGGGUUCUUCUAUCCAUAGCAGAUCAAUAUAACGAUUUCCAUCUCUGAUUUAUAAAUAUAAUAGAACAAAUGCGAGAGAAAGAGAGUUAAAUUGAAAGAGAGAGAGAGAGAGAGAGAUCGAAAAUUACUUCAUAAACUUCAAUGUUGUGCAAAUCCAAUCCAAUCAACCUACUACAGAGCUGUGGGAAAAUCUUUCAAUUCCCCAUUCACAGCUCUCCAGAAUAUCCGCUUAGGUCAUAGUGUUCCGUGAAUAGCAACUAUAUAACCUUAAAAUUAACCCACAUAGCAAAACUGUAAUCAUCCCUUUGUAAUAAAAUACUCAAAAUCGAUAAAACGCGUUCAUGUAAAGUAGGAAUCCAAAAAAAUAUUAAAUAGGGUUUUAGUCCCGAAUGUGUAGUUUUACCAAAAUAAUCUCUUAAUGUGAUAGGAUAUAAAAUUGAAGGAAAACAUAGGAAGAAUAAAUGUUUUUUGUUUUAAUGGUGGUAAACUUGCCUUAAAUUUAUUUUCGGGAUAUCCAGAAUAUGUUGCGUUCCUCAUGGAAUCUGAGGUUACUUAAUGGCCUGACUCAGAAGCGAGUUACUUUUAGGAUUUUUAGGGUUUGAGAAUUUCUAAAACCAAAAAUCUUCUUGAUCUACUCUAUUUUGGAAAAAUCCUUUUAAGAAGAUGACUAUUAUAUAAAUAUAUAGAAUAUUUUCGUAAGUAAAAUACCAAUAGUUCUCCAUUUGAGGGCGUUUGGCUGUUUUUGAUACAGAACAUCAGAAUUCGAAAAAUCAAUUUAUCAUCCUUCCAUAUAUUGUGUUACUUGGGCUAAGAUCUUCUUGGCGGACUUUCUUCAUAUAUUCAAGUCCAAAUAGGAAUGAAUUUUCUAUAGAAGGCAUAUAAAUCGUCCUGUAGCAGAAUAUAUGACCUGGUUAUGUAUAAAAUCUUAUUCAGUUCGAAUACAGAAAUUACCAUUUGAUCUUCAGGAGUUCUCCUUAAGCUCGUCUCUAAAAAUUGUCUUCAGCUGCGCUAUUUAGAUACACUUCAGACACUUCCCUUUAAAAGACAUGUCGUCUAUGGACCUUCUGGACCUUCUCUCUUGAAGAAGGAACUGGAGAUAUAAUUGAAUUUUUUAUAAAAGAGGCUUCAACUACAGCUCUCUGCAGGUCAAGAUUUUUUCCAAUAAUUUUGAUACUCUUUUAAAUAAAAUGAUGAAAAAAUGACAAGAAAAGAGGCACUUAUGUUCAGCUGAGCGGAACUUUUAAUACCAUUCACCAUUUGGAAGGAACUUGAAAAAACUUUAAAAAUAAAAAAAAAAUCGUCGACAAAUACCGUUUGAAAAUUGCUAUUGGUAGCUACACGGAGAUUAGGACCUGCAUACGCAGGUUUUCGACAUAGACUGUAGUAUCCAUAAGGACUUUAAAAUACGAAAUUUAAAGCAAUUCCGUUAAAUUAUGUUGCUAAUAUCAACAAAAUGCUGAAUAUAAGGAGAAACCGAUAUAGGGGGGCUAUGCGAAGACCUGGACCUGUAGAGGCAAUUGUCUGUCAGAGACUGUAGUACUCGUUAUGAAGUGCAAAUACCAAAUUUGAAAUCAUUCCGGUGAAUAAUGUAGCCAAAAUAUACCGAAUAUGGGGAGGUACCGUUAUAUGGGGGCUAUACGAAGUCCUGUACCUGCAUAGACAAUUUUCUGUCACAGGCUGUAAAAAAGAUUCCCUGCAGCCCGUCUAUAAAUACUCCCUUUAGCUCGUCUAAAAAAGACUUCUUUUAGCUCGUCUAUAAAUACUCCCUUUAGCUCGUCUAAAAAUGACUCCCUUCAGCUCGUCUAAAAAAGACUCCCUUCAGCUCGUCUAAAAAAGACUCCAUUCAGCUCGUCUAAAAAAGACUCACUUCAGCUCGUCUAUAAAGACUCCCUUCAACUCAUAUAUAUAAACCUCCUUCCGAACGUCAAAAAGGACUCUUUCUGACUUCUUCUAUAAAAAUUCCCUUGAGCUUGGCUUCAAGAAAGCUUCAUAGAAUUCGAAUAUUCAAAAUUCCUUGUACAUAACUACAAAGACUUUCCAGUCCUCCGUAAGGAUUUCUUCGGGAAUAAGUUUAUAUAAUCUUGAACUUCUAUAAAAUUGAGGUCUGAGAGGCCUUAAAAGACCUCUACACCAUCAUUUUUUAAACGAAUAAAAAAAAUUAAAUAAAAAUAUUCCCAAUUUCUACUUCAAAUCUUCCAAGGAAAACAAGGAUGCUAUAUGUCUAGAUUUAUUCUACUGAUGGUCAACAUUAAGAACAAAUAAUUUUAUUUAAUAAUAAAUAAACAACAAAUGAAAAAAACUACUUAACAAAUGGAACAAUAUUACAAUUUUGUGAAUGACGACAACAACAACAAUUCCUUUUUAAUUCCCAACCAAAAUAAAAUGUUUAAUUUCUUUGAGACUGAUUUUCAUUCCUCUUGAAAUAAAAAAAAAAAAACAAAACCAAAACAAACAACAAAACGAAAACUUAUAACCAAACAAAAAGUUUUAAACAAAUAUUAAGAAAAUCGAAAAGGAAAUAGUCUAAACAUUUAAACCUUUUUUUAAUAAAUAAAUAAAAGAAAAAUAAUUAUUGAUAUUUUUAAACUUUGAACAUAACGAAAAAAAUAGUAUUCCCUUUGGAAAUCCAUAAAGAAAACAACUAUACCGAGGUCUACAAUAAUCAAUGAAAAUAGAAUAAAAAAAAUUAUACACUCGAGAAAAUACAUGUGUGUUGUCAACAAAUAUAUGAAAAUAAAUAGAGAGAGAGAGAGAGAGAGAGAGAGAGAGAGAGUUCCAAGGGUGCGAGAUAAGAUUUGAGGGGAUUUCUCUUGAAAAAUACAUUUUUUUAAAUCGAUUAAGAAAUCGAUUUUAAAAUAAAUAUUUUAAUAUAAAUUAAAUAAAAAAUAUUUAAUAUAUAUAGAUAAAAAAACUGCAACAAAGUCAAACGCCAUAAUUUUUACAUUUCUUUUUUUUAAUUUUUUUGAAUGAAAGCUGUCGGAUGAGUGGCUUAGAAAUGACAGCAGUCUGAAGUUGGUUGCUGUUUUUUCAUUUUUUUCGAGAUAACAUCCGCUUGAAUCACCUUGCCCCUCCGGGGAUCUUCUCUCACUACUCUAAUAAGAUAAAAUUGCGAUCAUAAUAUAUUCACAAGAAAUUUUGAAACUUCAAAUGCAUCACUAAUAAAUUUACACAAUAAUAACAACAAAUAAAACACAAACAACUACAACCAACUUGCAUACACACACUCACACACACAUACACACCAAUUUUAAAGUAGCGUUGUCUGCGUAGGUUAAAAUCCAAUGAAAAAUGAAAAUUAAAUAUUUAAUGGAAAAACAACUGAUAAUAUUCUAAAUAAUUUAAAAAUUAAAUCAAGAUGACAGAGAAGAACAAAAAAAGAAGAAAUAUUUAAUUAGGUUGCGUUAUCUAUUUAUAAAAUAAAUAACAAUAACAACAAAAAAUUAACAUCAAAUUUGUUCCCAUAAUAAUAAUAAUGUUGAAAAAUUACAAAAAUUAUUUUCAAGUGAAAUAAUUUUAACAACAAACACACAAACAUAUAAUGCACUGUUUAUUCAUCGAAUAAUGAGAAUUAUGAAAAGACGAAGAAGAAGAGGAAAAAACAAAAACAAAGAAGAAAAUGAACUUAUAUUAAAACAAAAACAAACAACAAAACUUAAAAAGGAUAAUUAUUUAAAACUCAACAACAACAAAAAAAAUGAGAAACUAAUGUUAUUUUAGGUUUAGUCAAAAGAAAAGAAAACAAAAAUUAAAUGAAAGAAGUGAAAUGAAAUAAGAAACAUAACAACUAUGACAAAUAACAAAAUUGAAGAAGAAAAAAGGAAAGGAGAGGGUGUUCGAAACCACAAAGCAAAACGUAAAU